GGGCUCACAUGCCGUCACGGCAACUGCUCUUGCGCCGACGGACUCAGGGCGUCGCCGUCGCCGCUGGGCACCACGUGCGUCCGCCUCGUGGCUUGCGGCACACUGUUGGCGGCCUGCAACGUGAGUGCCCCGUGUUGCGCCGGGCUCACGUGCACUGACGGCGCCGUCGCCAUUGCUCCUGGACACUGCGCCGCCACCGGUUAUGGACUCGGCAUUCACGACUUUGAACCCGUGCUCAAGAGGGAAUCAGGAGGAAUCUCGCCGACUCGAGUCUACCUCACGCACUUCUCAGCCGCCUCUUUCCUAGUAGUGAAACUCGUUUUGAAGAUCUUCGUCAUCAUCACGUGUUGCGCCUUGCUGCAG